UUGCGCGCGGAAGUGUUAAUCACGUGACACAUCUCAAGCGUAAAUAUUUUUCUCCUCACGGCGAAUGAUCGGCGCCCUCGCUGUUUUACCCGCAUAAAUGAGUUUUGACCCAACUUCCCCCUAGUUUAAACUACGUAGAUUCCGUCUAGCGUCCACGGUUUACUGGAGUAUCGAAACUAAGCGGGACAAAAUGAACGUGGAUCUCCCGCAGACCGGACAGAGCGGAGCAGCAGCCGCGUCCAGCACGUCCACAUCCAGCAGCAACUGCGUCCCGAGCAGCGCCUCCACAAACGCCAGCAGUAUCCCUGCGGUCGGCAGCGGCAAUGUUCCCGCCUCGGCAUCAAUGGCAACCCCAUCAUCCGACUCCACCGUGUCAAACGGGGUGUAUGUGCCGACAGGCAUCGCUAACGGAGACGUGAAGCCCGUUAUGUCUACCACACCGCUCGCUGAUUUCCUGAUGCAGCUGGAGGAUUACACUCCUACAAUCCCAGACGCAGUCACGGGAUACUACCUCAACCGAGCUGGCUUUGAAGCAUCAGAUCCAAGAAUAAUCCGUCUCAUAUCAUUGGCGUCUCAGAAGUUCAUCUCAGAUAUUGCAAACGACGCACUACAGCACUGCAAAAUGAAGGGCACAGCCUCUGGAAGCUCCCGAAACAAGACCAAGGACAAGAAGUACACGCUGACGAUGGAAGAUCUGACACCAGCCAUGGCAGAGUAUGGCAUAAAUGUAAAGAAACCUCAUUACUUCAUUUGAGGGGGAAGCGCUUCUUUGAAAUAGACUGCUGGAAAUGAGCUUUGAAGACAUUAUCCUUCAGCGAGGGAACCAUCGGCCCACAGGCCCUCCGAUUUUUGUAUUUUCUUUAAGUUGUUUGAUUACACCACACCUUGUGACUUUAGUUGAUGUCAGUAAAAAUCCUGUAUAAAUAAAUUCAUUGUAAUUA